UCCGAUUAUUUAUGUUUUAUUUUAUCGCACACUUAAUACACAUAGUACACAAAAGACUCAGAUGUUGGGCUAAUAAUCUCAUUUGGGGGCCUGAAGACCAAAGAAGAUGGCAGAGCCAGAGGAACCAAGGUGAGAUUGGUUGAUAUUGGAAAGUAACCCAUGGAAUUGACAUUCUACGAUUCUCCUAGGAAGUUUGCAGUUGGCCCCUGCUGUAAAUAUCACUGGCGAGGAAAGAUCACUAUAAUGAUACCCAUAAUCACAUCUCCGCUCCUUAUUCUUGGCUUCAAGAACGACAUGAAUGAGUACAAGUGUUUGUACAUCAUAGUCACAAUGGCUCUGCUGUGGGUGACCGAAUCAUUACCCAUCUACAUAACUGCAUUGUUGCCCAUUGUCUUUUGUCCACUAUUUGGUCUUUUGGAUUCCGCAGAUGUGUGUAGAAUGUACUUCACCGACACGAUUGUCAUGUUCUUGGGCGGACUUAUUGUGGCCUUGGGAAUAGAGUACUGCAAUCUCCACACCAGAAUUGCCCUGAGAGUUAUCCGAAUUGUCGGUGGAAGUCCAAGACGUUUAUUGGUGGGAUUGAUAAGUGUAAGCGUGUUCAUGGGUCUGUGGAUAUCGAACUCGGCAGGAACGGCCAUGAUGUGUCCCAUAGUCAAGGCGAUCAUCAAUGAAAUGGAUGUCAACAAUAUAUUUCCGGUAUAUAUGACGCAAGAGGAAGAGCCGGUGGAGGAGGGAGACCCACCUCAUCCGUCCAAGGUUUCGAUUGCCUUUUACGUGGGCGUGGCAUACGCCUCCACAAUUGGCGGACUGGGAACUCUGAUUGGCACGGGAACAAAUCUGGUUUUUAAGGGAAUUUAUGAUCAGCGAUUUCCCACUUCCACGGAGGAGAUCACAUUUGCCAACUUCAUGUUCUACUCGAUCCCCAUAAUGGUUGUGUGCAAUAUAACGCUCGUUAUAAUCGCUCUAAUGAUAACCAACUUGGGUUUGUUUCGACCCAAAAGUAAAACCGGGCGGCUCAUUAAGGAGGCCAAUAUAAACCGGAAAUUGUUGGAGGAAGUUCUGCGACAGCGUCAUAAAGAUUUGGGUCCAAUGAGCUGUCACGAGAUCCAAAUUUCCGUAUUAUUUGCGAUUAUGAUCCUACUCCUAAUCACCCAUAGACCGGGUUUCUUUCCCGGUUGGAGCGAUCUGUUUAACGCUGUGCAAGCUCGAAGUUCAGCUGCGAUGAUCUUCAUAAUUCUUCUAAUGUUUUCGUUGCCCACUCAAUAUGUGUUUUUCAAGUACUGCUGCGGCAAGCCUCCUUUUCCCGGCCAGGCAUUAGAUGCUUUAUUAUCCUGGCGAUUUGUUCAUGACAACAUAGCCUGGGGUCUAUUGCUCCUACUGGGUGGGGGCUUCGCCUUGGCCGAGGCCAGUCAAAGAACUGGUGUUAAUAUAAUGAUAGCACGGGCCAUGCAAAUCCUCAUCGGACUGCCUAGUCUUGUGGUGCAGAUAAUCACGAUCCUUCUGUCCAUGUUUUUCUCGAUCUUCAACUCAAACGUGGUCGUAGCAAACAUUGUUCUACCAAUUUUAUGCGAAAUGGCCCUCGUUCUCGAAAUCCAUCCUUUGAUCCUGACUCUGCCAUCUUGUUUGGCAAUCAGUAUGUGCUACUUUUUGCCAGUCAGCACGCCUCCAAAUGCCAUUGUAGCCCAAUAUGCCCACAUUAAGACCAAAUACAUUGCCUGUUGCGGCGUACUGCCCACCAUUAUUGGAUUUCUCCUGACCAUUUUGAACACGAACACAUGGGGAAUGGUAAUAUUCCCGAAAGCCGGUAGCUUUCCAGAUUGGGCUAAGGAUAUCAAGAAUCAGACUAAUAUUUAACAAUGGAACCAAUUCUUCUUUUUUAAAGAAUAUAAAAUAUGUAUUGUAUUAAUUAAUGUAAAAUGCAAAAUAAGGCUGCUUUAAUAUAAAAUACGAAGAAUCU